UAGAGCUGCAGUCUGGAGGGGAUCCUCUGUCGCUGCCCCGCGCAUGCGCGGAGUUUCGCUUUGCGCUCCCUGUGCGACGGCGUGGGGAGAGCUCGGAGGGCCGCGGGUGGCCAGCGCUGGGCAGGGGUCAGCGGAGCUCCGCGAGCAGGAGCUGGCGCCAUGGCUCCUGUGCUGAAUCUCAACAAUGAGGUGGUGAAGAUGAGAAAAGAUGUGAAGAAGGCCAGGGUCCUGACUGUUCGCAAACUAACCAGACACAUCAAAAAGCUGAAGUUGAAAAAGGGUUCAGAAGACGUGAAAUUAAAGAACCAAAAGCGAGUUGAGAGAUUAAUAGAAGAAAUCCAUGCCAUGAAGGAAGUAAAGCCAGAUGAAGUUACCAGACUUGCUCUUAGGACAGAAGUUAAUUUUGAAAGUGUCUGCAGAAAGCCAAACUGUACUGCAGCUGAACGAGCCAUUGCAAGACUUGCAACACAUCCCAUCUUGAAACCCAGAUUUGUUGAACUUAAAGCUGCUGUAACAUCUUUUAAGGAUGCAAGAAAGAACCCAGACAAAGCCACUCCUUUGAAAAAGGCUGCAUCAGAGGAACAGGCUCAAUCAGCACAAGUUUCCAAAAACAAUUUGGAUGACCAAGCUCUUAAACUAGCUCAAAAACAGCAAGGAUGUGAACACAAAACAAAAAUUAGCAUGAAAAUAGAAACUGACAGAGUGCCCAAAGAACUUUGUGAGAGUGACUCUGAGCAAAAAACUGUGGAAGUGGAGAAAAUGUGUGCUCCAGAAGACUCAUCACUUCAGGCAGCAGAAAUUCAAGUGGUCACUCAGAAUAAAACAGAAAAGAAAGAUGCCUAUCAGAAAAGGAAAGAAAAUAUGAAUGUGAACAAAUUAAAUGCAAUAAAAGAAAGAAAGAAUGAUAAUCGUAAACAGAAGCAUCCUAAUGAAGAUGACUACUUUGAUGAUAGUACUGAAGAGAGGUUUUAUAACCAGUCAUCAGAUUCUGACAGUGACAGCAGUGAUGAUUUCUUCAUUGGCAAAGUAAAACGAAAGAAAAGAGUAGCAGCAGUUACUGACAUUUCUUCAGCAAAAGAAAAGGACAGACUACAGGAAAAGAAAAUCCUGAAGAAAGAAAAGAACACAGCCCUUGAGACAGCACAAGACUUUGGCAUGGAAAAAGGAAAGCCACAUGCAAAAGGAAGCAAGUUAGAAUCAAUGUUCUGCGAUUCUUUGUCUACCCCUAAUCAGAAAAAUGAAAACCGAAGAAGAAAUCCUAAGGACCAGCCUCUUAGAAAUGGAAGAACAGCUCUUCUCCAAAAGGAACCACAGCUCAAGAAGCAACAAUUUGCAAAAGCUGGAAAUAUUAAAUAUGACAGUAAGAAAGCACGUUUGGAGCAGCCUCUUCAUCCGUCAUGGGAAGCAAGCAAGAGGCGCCGGGAACAAAUGUCUUUAAUUACAGCAUUCCAAGGGAAAAAGAUCAAAUUUGAUGACUAGGCUAUGUGUAAGCUGAGUUUUUUAAAAAAGGAUCCGUACAGUUUUGCAUCCUGUGAUAUUUUCUUAUGAAGUAACAAGUCCUGUUUGAACCUUUCUGUUACACUGUCAUUAUCAUUCACAACCUACAGAAGGUAACUGCUAGAACUUACCCUCUGUUAGUAAUGAAGAUUGCUUUCAUUUAUUCAGUGUGCUGUCUGUUGAUUAAGUUUGUAUGGUCUUGGUUCAUAAAUCCCAGAGUGUUGUGCCACCAUUCUUGAAAUACAGCUUAAUGCGAAUGAAUGAGGUUUAGGACCAUUACUUGUAGAGAUUCUUUGGAGCUGUUGGUUUGGGUUUUUUUUGGGGGGGUGAGGGCAGGGGAGUGGAAUAUGUUAAAAUUCUAAUUUUUAGCUGCAUGAGAACUUGGAUGUCAAAAGAGGGGAAAAUACUGUAGUGAGGGGAAAAUACUGAAUUGAUGAUCCUGUGAAUUGUAUCUCAUUUGUUAAAAAGAGAUUCAUAAACUUACUGAGACUUGACAAUUCCAAUAAUGUGUCAGGUAGCUGGAGAAGCCAAUUUAUAGUAUGCUUAAUGUGAAAAUUUCUGGAGAGAAUAAAAUAUUAUCCUGUUAAA